GAUGCGCCGGGCUGGUCAGAGCAAGCGUGGACGUUUACCGCGUCGGAUCCUUUCGAUUUUUCGCUCGAUUCUUUCCUCGUUUUUACACUUACGACCGCGUUGCGAGUCACACGGCUGCCAGACUCGAACCGAUAGCUUCCUAGUUACGCGAGUGCUUCGAACCCGAUCGGUUCUUCUUGCCUUUCUCGAAUCUUAAUCGCGGGAAUACGUACGUACUACGGGGAAUCGAGAAAACUUCCGGGAUUGGAAGGUGAAUCGAGCCGCCGGAGUAUCGAUGAUCGACACAGUGCGGACGAAUCACAUGUGCAGUGACAUUGGUAUCGAAUUUUGAGCGAUCAAUCGAGAUUUCCGUGUCGUUCGUCCAUUCGGUUGGACGUAAGACGUACCGCGUGUCAAGUUCGUAGGAUUCGAAGUUUCGCUCACGAAACAUCUGCGAUGAUCAUAAGAGUGAGAAUUCGAGUGACGCUAUAUAUUAGCGACACUGUCUUUCGUUCUAUACGUUUUUGGUACUCGCUUUUACUUGGACCCGAACGCAUUGCGGCUAUUUUGAACGAGUAGACCAAUAGCACCGGUAAGAAUGUAAAGAUUGGUCGGACAGAAGAACCGCGAGUGUCAGUAGUUUACAGUGUCUGGUGAAUUUGACUUUUCGAAAGGCAUCUACGCUCGCUGGAAGUCGCCGACGUCGAACCAGGAUUGGAGCAGAAAGAUCCGCAUAGCGUUCAAAGCGCAACUCGUCGCUUAACUCGUCGCUUAACUCGUCGCUUAACUCGACGGGCAGCACGACGGCGACGACGACGGUGACGGCGACAGCGACGACGGCGGUUCUUCUCCUCCGUUCGGCGGCGCUGUCACCUCCGAAAAUGCCACAGCUCCGCAUCGAUUGUUCCAAACUAACUCCUUCGAAACAUUAAGACGCCUACACUAGAAACAUAGCAGAAUACUCGAACAAGAUGUCAAUGACGGGAAGCUUAAUGGGUUACGAAAAUAAUAACGAGGUAAAUCAAGCAAAGUGCAAAAAGCCAUUAAAACCGCUUCCGAUAGUGUCCAGCGUAAACUCCAGCGGUAUCACGACUACCAACAAAGCGAAAAAGCCACGAAGGUCUACUAGACGAAACUCUUGUAUACGAGGUCACGUGAAUAGUUUGUGGUCCGUCUGGUACGGUGUUUUGGCGGUCGCUUUUCAAGCUUACAUCGGCUUGAGAUACGCAAAAAGGUUUGCCGCAUAUUUAUCGUUACCUUGGCCGGCGGACGCUCCACCGCCGAAGGUGGAGUUAUACGCGUGUCUGGUGCUAGCCGGAGCCGGGGUUGUCCUACUGCCGGUUCUACUCGGCGCGGCCUUCCUAAAGCUAGGCAACCUGGCGAACGAUGGAGUGAAGCUCGGUCGUCAUUUGAGCGCCUGUUCACGCGACCCGCCUUCGUCCUUGCUUACCAACAAUCCUGACCACAGUUUGGCGAAUAAUUUAUGGCGACACGGAGGUCCCACGGCUGCUUUCGUACACCUUUGCACAGCCAUGUGUUUCCUGCUGCCCUCGCUGCUCAUGGAGGCUAGAUUGAUACACGCUGGAUUUCUGCCAAAAGAAACAAUAUGGCGUACGGACCUCGAUUGGCUAGUGACUCACCGGGAUCGUCUGGUUGUAUCCAGUUUCAUGAAUCCAAACGUGAAUCUCAGCAUCCUAACGGGCUUCAUAACUCCUCAGCCUUUCGUCACCUUAGCACCAGACGAAGAAACCGAUAAUAUAGCCAACGACAUUGUCACGACGAAAUUGGAAUUGACCGACGUUAUUAAUAAAUCAGCAGCAAUGGAAUUUCGACCACGCGACAGCACGAACGAACAUCUUGGUCAGUUUCGUACACCAACGAGUACCAAUCUACCCGUACCCGAUGCAAGAGUUUCAAGCGUUAGCACUACUUCACCUACCAACAAGAUUACGAUGUCCAUGACGCAAAAAAUUAUUAACGACACGACAAAAACACCGUCCACGGUCAAUGGUGCGUCGAAACUAAAUUCCACGAGACUAACGUCAGCAGCUUCUCCGAUUACGACAACAGCAACGACCGGUACAAAUGUGGCAGAAACAACUACGGCAACGAUAACAACGACAACGACGACGACAACAACGAGAAUCGUUAAAGCGCCUGCAAGCUCAGACGAAGUGGCAACGGUUACAGCUGCGACUACGACCGCAACCGCAGUUCCAACCGCUGCUACAGCUGUAACAACAACGUUACCGUCGACGUUAUCUUCAACGUCUAGUUCGAUGAAGUACGGCAAUACCGUUAGAAGACCUACCGCUGCGAAGUCGAUUAUUAGAAGCAAUAAUUCGAGAAGUAAAUUGAAAACGAAGAACGCGGGCAAAUUAUCGACGACUGUCAGGCCCGGUAAGAGCGUUGGGAAUAUGACAGCGCAGAGUAUGUCGUUGACGAUGAAUAGUUUGGCUGAUUUGGAUCAUCCGGAGAAGCUGAAUCUUGAGUUUCAAGCGGCUGAAUCAUACGGACCUAUUACUCUCGAGUACUUGAAUUAUGCCAUCGCUCUCGGAGUGUAUUCUGUGAGAUACCCAGCAGUGUUCUGGUCGUGCAAUAAACCGUUGGCCACGAUUUUUAGUUUCCAGUUGAUCGUCAAUUCCGCCCAGAGUUUAUUAGCCUAUAUUGGAAUGUCUGUACUUUACAAGGUUCAAGUGAUGGGACCCUUAAAGGUGCUACCAGUUCUUCGACAACAGUAUCGCACGAUAUCGACUACUAGCAGCAUAUCGACAAUCUUCGGGGACUCUUACUUCUUGUUAAAUCCACACGUUACCCUCGUCUUGUUUGCUCUUUCCUCCCUUCUGGUGCUCUGUUCUAGCAUGGUGAUGUAUUUCUACGCCUACGGCAGGUUUACGGCGUUUUUGAGCCAAGAACGAGAGCGUCGAAUAAUCUUGUCAAAGGAGAAUAGAAGUGGCAAUGGUUGGAUAUAUUUCAUUCACUGCACCGCUCUGUGCGUAUUCCUGGCGAUCGCGAUCUGCAGCGCACCGUUGCUCUACGACUACAGCGUCGUAUAUCGUGGCAGUCUGGAUGGUGCGAUAUUAGCUUGUGUCGUCGCUACUGUUUUGCAUUUGUUCCUCUGGUUACUCUUAUGGAUCUUUCUCACGAUAAAACAACGCUGGACAUUCAAAUUGCGAGUGACGAUCGGUCGAGCUACCGUUAGGUCAGCCAGAUCGGUGAAACUCGUAACUGACGUGGAUCUAUUGUCAGCUAGAGACGACGAGGACGGAACUAACGCGCCGUUACUGGUCGUUGGGAAUGGUAGAACUUAUACGAUUGCCGACGCGUCGCCGAAGAAAGCUAUCAUGAGCGUGAUACAAAAGGCGGCUAUUGAAAGGAAAGCACGCAGUCAAGGAAACGUCGAUUCCGUAAACGGCGACUCAGCAGCCGACGACGAACAGAUUUAUUGGCUAAGACCAAAGUUACGUCCAUCGCCGACUAGAUCGCCGAACGACGGAAACGUAGCACCAACGACGGAAAAGGGCUGGCUGAAUAAGAAAUUGAAACCCAAGGUCACCUUUAACGACCUGCCUAGUACGUCAGGCUCGCGCAAUAAAGGAAAAGUCAGACGAGGCACCGGUGACGGGGGCCCUGAAGAUGAUGGAGAUUAUGCCACGUUACGAGAAUUACCGCUGAUCACGUCUCUGGACCCAGCAGAUGAUUCAACGUCCGAAGAGAACAAGUGGGAAAGGUGGCUGAUAACUCGUAGGGACGUUAUACCUAAGUUUGGCAACCUGCUCGAGUGCGUGAACGACGACCAAGUGACAUACUACGCGAGCGCAAAUCGCGAUCUACAACCUUCGGAAGGCGACCCCUCGCCCCUAUUGACUCCAGACCCUUUGCCCGAUCCCACUUCGGAACCACUUCCACUGCCACCUCCGACUCCGACUCCGACUCCAACUUGUGCACCGACUACCGAAGUUGUCACGGCGUUACUAACCACUAACACCCAGGUAAACGGUGGUCAAACGCCGCGAUGUCUGCGUCGAGGAGAUUCUGGAAUGCCACACGAAGAAUUAACGCCUCGCUCGGAUUCUUCAAAUUCUCCGCCAUUGGACGCCGUGGUGGGUGGUAGCAGCGGAGCUGGUUCGGUGACGGGUCACAGCAACGCGAGCAGCCACAGCGAAACGUCCUCGAGUGGCGUGCACAGUAACGCGAGCAACGCGAGUAACAGUAGUUGUCAAAGACGAGCGACGAGCGUGGACGACGUGAGCGGCAACUGCGAUCAACGAGACGGCGAAGAAUCACGCGAUCAAUGGCGCAGCUGUUCCCUCCAGCGAGGGAUUCAACCUCCAUCCGCAACGGCCACCUUCUCACCGCCGAACAGUCGUCCAGGCACUAGUCAAUCCUUCUCAUCGCCGCAAUACGCGAAUCACGUGCCGCUGUUCGCGAAUAUCAACGCAAAUUCAACGGCAAACGCGAAUAUAAACGCGAGUGCGAACACGGGCGCCAACACGAACGUUAACGCGAACGAUGUCAACGUCGUUGGACAAGGAUGUCCAGCUGUGAUUCUCGAGAAUCCGAACGAGGCGACCGUGGUGAUCCGGCGGAAACUCUCGAGGACAAAGCUGACGGAACCGCUGAACCCUAACGAGGAACCUUUCGGUCGUUCCACGAACAUGAGGAUGACAUCGUUCACGGAAAGCAACGAUAUUCGCGUGCACGCAACGUCAGCCACUCUGCCGCAUUAUCCGACCCAGCCGGCGGUUACUUAUCCGCAUUGCUCCACCAUGCCUCUGCCACACGCCUCUCAUAGUAUGGCUGGAUCUCAUAUGGGUGGAUCUAGCGGAAGCUGCGGAUCGGUGCCGAGGCACGCUUUCGUCCCUCCGCAAGUACACUCGUCGGUACCAGCCCAUACCACUCUACCGUCCCAUCACAACGGCGUCAGACUUCUUCACGGCAUCGCGCCUACACCGAACAACCCUUUCGUCAAGAGGUUCCCUCCUGUGCAACUACACACGCAACCCUGGGCGCUGCCAGGCCACCACACUUUCCCCCAAGCUUCGCAGGUUAAUGGAAAAUUGACCACUACCGCGCAGAUCAGGCAGAGCGAUCGCGACUCGGCUAAUUUCUCGAUGGCCAGCAGCGGAGACUCGGAUACGUGUUUGCCUCAUUAGACGUUGAUCGCGUCUGCCAGAUUCCAACCUCUUCGCUCUCGCUCCGCGCCGAGCAAACCCGAUACGUUGUCACGAUGCCGUUCCCGUCGUCAUUCUCGACGAUCGCGUUCCUAGAUCGCCUCGACGAAACGUUUCCCAUCGAGACAUUUGCGAGACGGUUCUUAGAAAAGAAUCGUCGUUCUUCGCGAACGCACUUCGAUGGGAACCUUCUUUCGAACGUGUUUUGUUAUCGAGCUUCGUGGAGGAUUACCGUCGUGGAUUUUUACCCUAUCAUUGAUAUCAGAAGUAACGUUACUACAUAUCAUACCAGUCGAUUACUCACAACAUCCGACACUUACGGUUACAUUAUGUUAUUUUCGAUACAAAUGUCGUAUGUCGAGAUAAUAUCGUGCCCCGUUCUUCCAUAUCAAUUAUCUCUCCAUAUGCAUGUACCAGUAAGAAAUCAUACACUUGUAGAUACACUUUUAUGGUCUGCCCGUUUUUUCAGCCGGUACAACGACUCGUUCGAAUAUGAAUGAACGACUCGCGAUACAAACAUAUCUUGCGAGCUGCUCACCAAUCACCGCUGGUGAAUCACGAACCAAUAUAAUCGCACGUGAGACUAUUUCGAUCGCCAGACUGGAAGAAGUGAAAUUUUUUUACAUUUUUUAUUUUCCCAUAUAGCUUGGCGUGGUCAUACACCGUUUUAUUGCUUGAUUGCGACAAAUAGCUGACAAAGACACUCGUUAAAAGUAAUUUACGACUGCUUAUAAUAACUUAUAUAUAUAUACUUAUUAUUAAAAAAAAAAAAUGUUCUUUUAUCGUUAUUCCGAAAGCUGAACGCUAAGCUUGCAUUUCAAAAGGAAAAUCUUCGCACGAGUUGUUUACCCUCGUGAUAUUCGACACGGCACGAUUUCGAUCCCACGCGACGUAAUAACGAUCAGCAGGAGAGGACCUUGAGAAACGUACGAUUACUGCCAUUAUAAUAAACAUAAUCGCGAGACUCUCUAAGAUCUUCGUUAUAUCGAAUAUAUAAAUUGAUUUCAUCAACUGCCAUGUUAAUUCGUCCUGUUUAACGCUUGCGCUACGGCAAUUCUUUUCUAUUUCCGCGAUUUUAAAAUGGCGAAAAACGCGGCGAGACCAUAGGAAAUGAUCUCGCGUGGAGACGCGCCCAAUUUCAUAAUUAAGUAAAGACUUAAGGACCCAGAUGCACGACGCACGAGUGAACGAUAUAUAUAUAUAUAAUCCAGAUAGUUGAAUGAAUUCGAGUUCGAGCAUCUAUCGUUAAUCCAAGUACUUAUGAUAUCGAUUAACCAAAACUGCGAGUACUGGUUUCCUAACUUUGGAUGAAAAAAAAAAAGGAAAAGAACCGACGCUUUUUCGAAACAACAUAGAAAACGAUCAAGAUAAUAAUGUGUGUAACGUAUAUUAAUCAGUGCUUAUCUAUUACGAUACUACGAAUACUACGAUACAGGAAACUUACAUACCAGACGCGUGUAAGCGAUAAUACGUUCUAAGCGAAGCUAUUGGGAAAUUGUUGUUGACGCAAAUUCGGCAAAACGAACGGUAUUUUUCGAUUUAGGACCGAUCUUUGCAAUCUCCGAUCAAAUACACCGAUAGUAAUAAACUAGUGGCAAAAGAGAGGUGUGGUACUGAGAGCGUGCCUUGCUUGUUCGACGAAGCAUACGUAUAAUAGGACGCGCAAGCUUUCUUCUUUCUUUCCACUCGCUCGUUCCAGAAGGUUUCCUUUGACAGAAACGCGCAACGUAGUCGGACGAGUUCCAUAAAAUUUAGCUUUCUCAAGUAAAUACGCUCUAGAAGAAAGAUUGUUAUUUUGAAAUAUCUUCCGAUCGUUUUCGACGAUAUCGAGUCGGAACAGGUCAGAAGAGUGCGUUGAACCGGUAUAUACGGUAUUGCCAAUAAAUAUCUGAACCAUGGCGAAUACCUUUCGUGCGAAUUGUAACACGCGUUCCUUCUGAAUAUGUUUCACGCAUUUGUCGCGAAAGAUUCCUAAGAAUUCGAUUCCUAAGAAUUUCGGAUAAGUCUCUCAGAAGCUGAAUCGAUUAACGACGACCCUCCGGAGAACAAAUUAUCUACCUUCGUAACUUCAUUGUUCGCGAUAAGCUUUAGGAUCAUAAGCUGGAAAAGAUAAUGUUUGUACCGGCGGUUUGCGUUUAAAGUUUACGUACUUUUCGGUUUACGAGACUCGUCAGAUAUGGCUUUCGAAGGGCUGAAAUAUUCACGAGAGGAUUAAAAAUACCGAUUUCGCCUGGUAUCGCGUGUCGUAUCGACAUUAAGCUCUCUUUAAACCUCGUAUAUACCGUCGCGUACUCGCACCUUUCUCGACUCGUUAUUCGCAAACGUUAGUGUUAAUAUUUAGUUUACAUUCUGACAUGCAAACAGAGCCAGUCGCUUUCGUCGAGCUUUCACUUUCGUGGAUCGAAACGAGGGAACGAAGUUACGAAAGACGGCUCUAAUGGGCGACGCGUGAACUACUUUUUUAUCAUAUCACGGACGUUAACGAAUCACGGAGCGUACGAACAUACUCGAAUAAUUUUUCUAUUACGGAACAAAAUCAACGGAAGGGAAUACCAUCUAAUAGAUAUUUUCUUACUCUUUCCACGAACGAGUUACGACUUCCGUACGUAGAGAGUAGAAACGGGAAUGUAACGUAUAGCCGAGUAGAAAAAGCCAGUAGUAGUCAGCCAGAUCACCGUCGAUGAGGUUAUUCGAAUUAAUUACGCGUGCGUACGAGUUUUUUGCGACGUUCGACGUACGUCUGGCCAGAAGGGAUACAGCGAAGUCAUAAAUUAAAUACACUCGAUUAUAUUACGCGAGAACCUCUUGAAUUUCGUUCGCGAUAAUUUAUCAGCUAACGAUAUUAGCGAUCUCGCAAGCUGCGAAUCGUACAUUAUACGUGGAUAACAUCCCUUUCACGAUUUCACCAUUUUACGUAAAACAGAAUAAUUAGAUAAGAGGAUUUGCGAUUCGUAAAAUUCACUCGUAGAACUUUACGCUCGAUCGAAUCUGAAACUUUUCAACGAUUUCAUGCCACGGCUUCGUUAUAUCUUUUUUGUCAAACGUUACUUUGCAAAUAUGUAGCACGUAUCUAUUCGAGCCUCGAAAUCCUUGGUUAUCUGGACGGACGUUAGACAGAAAAUUCCUCUAAUUUUUAUACCUCGAUAGGAUCGAAUAGAUGAACCGUUUUUGCGAGUAAAUUAGAAGAUAUCAGUCUAUUCUUCUAGGAUCAACGAAACGUCGAAAUGGUUGCAGUCAAAGCUUUAUGGUACCGACAGAAACGCAGACUCUUGAAAAAGCAAUCUUAAAUAAUCCGCGGGUGGUUGGUUUCUAUGCGAUAAAUCUUCUUUUUCUAAAGCGUACGAUCGAUCGGAAUGCAAACGACAGCCAAAGAGCAGCACGAUUCUUCGACAUCGCGAUCGAUUUGUAAAACGAUAAAGCUUUCACUGUACUUGUAUAUUUUUUCAAACGACUUUCAAUGCGCAUAGGUUACACGCAUUCUCUUGAACGCCAAUUACGGUAUCGAUUUUUAUACGAGACUCGCUUUCGUCUUUAUUCGAAGCUAAAGAUCGUCAACAACGCGACUUAGAGAUAAAAGAAGAAGAAAACACGACCACAGAGAAUCGAGGUUCGAGCGAACGAGCAUGUUUUCAAUCAUCGAGACACGGGUAAUCGAUCGAUCACGCAGGUAAAUCCCUGAAAUCUUUUCGUAAAAAGAAGGAAAAAUACAAAAAAAAAAAAAAAAAAGAGAAAAAAGAAAUAAACGCUUUGUUACACCGAUCGUACAUAUCACAGUGAAAGGACCACGCGUUGGUAACGACGAGACGUGCAAAAUCAUUCGAUUCGCUACGCAUUUCCGGAUCACCAUCGAUCAACGAUCAGAAGAAGGAAAUUUCAAUUUCUGUAACGUCUUUUCUUCUCGACUUUUUAAUAUCGGGCCGAUCCGUUCUUCAAAAACGAUCGAGUUCGUGUUUGCGUCGUAUAUCGAUCGAAAUAAAAAUACAUCAAGCUAACAACGACGACAACUCGCGUUGUAACGAUCGAGAAUUACCGUUGUCAUUGUCAUGGUUGUCGUCAUUAUCGUUUCCAUCGUUGUUAUCAGCAGCAGCAAGAAUAUCGAGAGCAAAGAGCAGCCGAACGUACCUCGGAGAAUCGUGAAAAAGCUCCGAUCCGAUACGGACGCUGCUGUUUGCAGAAAUAUUUUUUUACCGUUUAGCGUCAGUCAGCGACCUUCAUUUUAGAUCCGGCUAGACCUCUCGAACGCGGAUACCUACACGAAACGGAUCGAUUCCGCGUUCCACGUGCUACCUACACCCCAAAAGAACGUUAAAGAAGAGAAGGAAAAGAAAGAAACGUAGUUUCGGGGCAGUUUCCGAGCUUCCCCGCGAGAAUUGUAUCUGAAGCGCGCGUAACGGCACAACGCAUAGAGAGUAAACGAGAAGGAAAGAGGAAAAAGGGGGGAAAAGAAAAGAGAGAACCAGAGACAGGGGAAGAAAAAGGUUGCGUAUUUGUCGCGCGUACGAAUUUCCGUGCCUAUGUCUGUGCGCGCACGUUCAAUUCGUUCGCCCUCGAACUAAUUCCUUUCGAAGCUGUAAAUAAUUAAGAAUCGAAUCAAACUUGCGGGUGAAACGAGAGAAAGGAGCGAGAAUGAACGACGAAGGGGAAGAAUUGAUGCGGCGAAAAAGAAAAAUGAAGAAAAGAGAAAAAAAUUUAACAGAUAUGUACGAAUAAUUGUAUAAAGACUGAUUAGAGUUAUCUUGGUAUUUAUUCUAAUUCACAGUUAAACGCUAUCGCUUUGCGCGCUCUCGAAUACUCACGGAGCACGACACCAAAAGUAUUCCCUGGCUCAGAUUCCAUUUUUCUCUUGUUCUUUGACAUCUGUCUGCGAUUACUCGGUCGCGUUUCCCGUUUCCAUUCGUUCUUCCAUUUGGCAUUUCGCGCGCCAAUUGCCGCGAAACGUCGAGUCGUAUUAAUCGCCAAACCAUCGCAGCGGUGCUCGCUUAAAUUUCAAUAAACUAGGAUUUUGUAUUGCAAUUGUCGCGCAAGCAGUAGCAACUUUAUUCUACGAAUACCGUCGAGACCCACGACUGUUGUCGUCGAUACGCGUGAUUUCCAUUUUAGUUGCAUAUCGAAGCUUUCCUUAAAACGUUCGACGUCUCAUCGCUCGUUGAGACAAGAGCGAGAUUUGCACAAUGAUGUUCCAGAACUGCGGCAGAGUUAAGCGAGCAUUACUGGACUAGCAGCAACCACGAAACGCCAAUCGAUCGUUCGAUGGAUCGAUCGAUUUGGUUUUCGCGUCUUUUAUCGAUCGACGAUUUGACGCUCUGUUCGAAAAUAGAACGGGUCAUAUACUCGUAUCGGCCUAUGAAACGUUUUCGUCGUACAAACUGGAGAACGCGAAAAGCGAAACGGAAUAACGAAGAGAAAGGAUAGAAGGAACAAGGGGAAACGAAAAUCAACGAUCGACGAUCACGAUCCGCGGUAUUUCGAUGAUUUUUGUUUCGUAUCGUUAACGCGUAAUUCAAUUCAUCCGUAUUCAAGGGAAGAGCCAUCGGAUUAUACAAAACGCGUGCGAACAGAGCAAAGAGAAAAAGAAAAAUGGUACGCGCGAUUAUAACAGCGACGCUACUAUCAUCACAUCGUAUCAAUAUUAUCCGAUGCAUCGUAUAAACAAGUAAACUAGAUGUAAACUUUGUAUAUUCAUUUACCAAGAGAAUAAAGAUAAAUUAUUCGACGUA